CCCUAGUCAGUCGACUUUACCCCCGGUUAACCUGAUUCUCUCUUUCCUUUCCUUUCUCUCGUCCAUUGCAUUCGUCCUCGUUAUUCGUCGCCCGCCUUUUACUUCCAGAGUGACCCCUCGUUGGCGCCCGAACCCAACCUGGAUCCUCUCUCUGCCGUUCGUUCAUGGCCGUUACCGGCAUAGUAUUAAUUGCUCGCCACUGCCUCUUGCUGUGGGACUUCUGAAACUCUCGGUCAACGGUUAAUUACCCUCUCGUCUCCGCGACCUGACCACCUCGACCACCUUCGACACGGACCUUCGGUUCCUUCUCUAUAAGGCCUCAACGGCACUCAACCCUCUGCGCUCGCUAGGUCUCAUGACGCCCUGACAGCUCGCUUACAUCGGGUCGUACAAUCCGCCCUGCAUACGCUGCUGCCCAAAGCUCGCGAGCAAUCCUCCUGCGAUUCGCCGUCGGGGCAUUGGACGGACGCCUGCUUUGCCUGUUACAGAGCACAACGCUUCCCUUCCCCCGCGUUCAGGACGCCCCAGUUUCCGGACAACCAGCACAUUACUCGAGAGACGCCGAAACCUGUUUGUCUGAUAUCUCGAUGUCCACGUGCCCCCUGUUCAGAAUGUCGCUAUAGACCUCGAGCCUUCGACGCAUUUGCCGUUUCAGCUGCGCGUUUUUUCUCCUCCGAAAAUCUCCACUCCACACACCGUUCAGCCAACACCUUACGACCUCGAUCUUGGUAUUCUAGAAAGGGACAACUCUCAAGAUGUGCAAGGCUCAUGUGCUACGGUUCUGUUGUGGGCACGGCAUUCUGAUGGGUUUCGAGACAUGCAAAUUGGCGCCCUGCCCUCUCCUCAAGACGACGGGAGUGAAGCUCCCACAGCAGCCCUACAAAUGCUACAACUGUCAGAACAGACUAUCGAGCUCGAACCUUCGACCCUUGUCGCCACGAGGAUGCUCCUCUUCAUCGACUGGAAGUUUAGAUUCCAACUCUUCGGGCUCGUCCAUCACGCCGCCGUCCUCUCCGAUAUCUCGAGUCCCGUCCAAAAUUGCGGCGCCUUUGCCAGGCGUGGCUUGCCAACCAUCAGAAUGUGGGGAGUUGGGACGCAAGUUUAGUCGCUCGCAAUCCUUCUCCUCCAAGGGGUUCCGUUUCUCGUGCACCUCAUCUUCGCACUACCCGACGCCCCAUUACAUGGGCUUGCCAACCUUCCUACCUCACCAGGACCACCCUUGUCCACCUUGUCAACUGGAAGAAUUCCGCAUGAAUGCAGACAGGGAAGCUAUUGCAUCGGCACGGGCACAGUAUCCCCACCUCACGUGUGAGAUGCUGGUAAGAGAUGGGCGAAGAUGGGAAGAGUGGCAGACCAAGCCCAGCCUGGAGAAGUUUGUUGAGGAGAAGCGGUCAGACGAGAAGCAAAUGUGGCUGCACGUUACGAGGAAGUGGACCCAGGAUCUGAAGAAGGUGCGAGUCCUGGUCUCUGAGGAAGAUGGACUGGGGUUAUUAGGAUGAAACCAAUGCUGAUUACAUUCGGAGUCUGGGCUGGCAAAAAGAGGUUCUAUACUCGUCGCGGGAGACGGUAAAAACGGAGAGGAUGACUGGCUUCUUAUGAUACCCACCGGCUGGCGUCGGAGAAAAUAGGGAGGGUUAUCUUUUCUGCGUUCUCAGAAAAUAUAGGGAAUAGACAGCACCAUUAAUUGUCGAUAUAUUUCCCCAGAA